UAAAAGUGACAUCAGAGGAAAAGAAAAAAAGGCUUGAAGGGAAUAAAAAUAACCAGCCACAGGUUGAGAAAGAAAAGGAAAUGCACAAAAGUGAGGAAAGGAUGGUGUCAGAAAACCUACACGAUGGUGCUGCUGCUGCUACUAACAAUGAGGAUGAAGCAACUCAAGCAAGAAAGAGUGGAAACACUGAAAAUCAGCACCUUCCUAGCAAGGAAGAGUGUGAUGGGCCUGCAAAGAAAAGAUCAAAGCAAAAGAACAAGGUCAAAGAAGAAGAAAUGUAUGAUAUGCAUGACCUUGAUGAUUUCACUGAGCCGGUUUCAGCCUCAGAGGAUGCUGGGUUUCCUUUCGCUAAUUAUGAUAAAUGUCUAUUGCAAAUUGAGCAACUGGGGAAGGAUUGUGAAGGUCAGGUUAUGGUUAUCCCCCACUUGGAAUACCGCAAGGACCCUAGAACUGUUUUUACUGCUACCCUACCUGCCAAAAUCUUGGUCUCCUAA